AUGAAGUGGAUUGUAAAGGAAAUCAAUUCUUACAACUUGGUAGUGUGGAAGAAUGGAAAAGGCAAAUCUACACAAAUUCAUGUUGAACCUCAAGGAAUGUCUGUUCAAGACCCUUUUGAAUGGAGAGUUAGUUCAGCUGUGAUUCAACAAGUUGGACCAUUUUCAGCAUUUGAAGGGUAUACUCGAACAUUGAUCUUACUAAAAGGAACAAAGAUUGCAUUGUUUCAUCAACAACAACCAAAUAUAUGUGUACAAUUAAAUUAUUUUCGACCAUACACGUUUAAUGGAGGCUGGGAUACCGAUUCUAUCUUUCAAAGUCAAUGUCCUGCUGCUACUUCUGGUAUACCAUUUAAUUCAAGCUUUUCAAGUUUGUCAGUGUCUCCUUCAAUGUCACAAGGAUCAUUUACCAAUAGUUUUACUCCAUCACAAACACCGACCAUGUUGUCACCGGCUGGUCUACACAGCCAACAAACACCAGUGAUAUCAUCAUUUGCACAAACCGAGAGUGCAAGUAAUUUCAACAACAUUGAAGAUGAUGGAGUCAACUCUCCAGUGAUUCCACAUCAUCCUCGUAUCCCAAUCAUUGUGCAGCCACACCCCAAAGACGAGGCACAUGACUUUAACGUAUUUACACGCGACUCUGUGUGCGACCACAGUUGUGUCGUCUAUGAAUUUGGUGAACAAACACUCAAUCCUAUCCCACAACAACCAUCGGCCAUCAAGACAUCACAUCGUAUAUCAAUGAUGCCAUCAGGUCCAUAUAAAUCAUCGUCGAUGGUAUUUUAUUCGUUUGGAGGUGAUGUUAAAAUUCAUUACGAAGGUAUGGAAGGUACCUAUAUCGAGUGUAAACUAUUAAAUGGACAUAGUCUCAUCAUACAAGAUAUUACACCAUUUACAAACAUUGAUAAUUUGGUAACUGUAGAAUCAAAAUCACCUCCCAAUCAUCAACACCAUUUAAUCGUUGUAAAUAUUAAUUAUCUUGAUAAUCCUAAAGUUCAACAACCAAUAAUAUAA